AUGAAAAAAGGCUCUUCUAGCCUCACUCAACCAUCCAUCAUGAUGAGAAGCCAUUCUUCCUCCUCUUCAUUAUCGGCAACUUCAUCGCCACCAUUACCAAAUAGAAGAUCAAAGGUGAUUACGGAUGAUGAUGAAAAUGAUUGGAGCUCGGAGAAGAUGGAACAAACGGAACGAGGAGCCUCAUCGUCAUCAUCAAUACGAGAGGUUGUUGCCAUGAAACAAAAAUCAAUUACGACUACUACUAGUAGUGGUAAAACCAAGAAGAAAAAUAUAGCACCCAUUCUACCAGAAUAUACAUUAAUUUAUGAAUUUUCUCCGAGCAUGAUUGCUGAGUUUCACUCCAAGCCGAUAAGCUGUGUUAAAUUUUCUCCCGAUGGUUCCUCGUUGGCAGUGGCAUCUGCCGAUGGUACCAUAACGAUUUGGAAUUUAAUAGAAAACCUUCCACAAGGAAACGGAGAGGAAACAAAUCAAAUGCAAGAUCGAAAUACAUCUGACACAAAUAAUGGAUCUUCUUCAAUUUCUGGAAACAAUCAAGAAUUGAGUCUAAGCAAACGAACGACAUGCUCUGGUCAUUUACUAGGGGUCAAUGACGUGUGUUGGAGUCCAGAUUCUCAAUAUUUGUGCUCUGCGAGCGAUGACAAAACAAUUAGAAUUUGGUCAGCAGAGGACGGCGAAUUAUUGAAAACGCUUCAAGGUCAUAAUCAAUUUGCUUACUGCGUGGCUUUUAGCCCACGUGGAAAUGUUAUUGCUAGUGGAAGUUUUGAUGAGACCGUUCGUAUGUGGGAUGUAAGGACAGGAAAUUGUUUAAGAACGUUGCCAGCUCAUUCAGAUCCUGUUUCUUCUGUGAGUUUUUCUAGAGAUGGGUCGCUUUUAAUUACUUCUAGUUAUGAUGGAUUUUGUCGUGUGUGGGAUACCACGACAGGUCAAUGUUUAAAAACUAUACUUGUAGAUACUCAGGCGCCUCCUCCAUUGUCCUGUGCCAAAUUGUCACCUUUUGGAAAUUACUUACUCAUCAGUUGCAUGUCGACUCAUGAAUAUCCACAAGCAGCGUUAAGACUAUGGCAAUUACGGCCGGAUCCCAUAGCAAAAAACAUUCGUACAUUUCGAGGUCAUGUGAAUGAUCGAUUUUCUUCCAACAUUACGUUUCAUCCAAAACUGAACCUUGUAGUUUCCUGUAGUGAGGAUGGGUUUGUAUAUAUUUGGGACAUUCAGUCUGGAAAUAUUGUCACCAAGCUAAAUUGCAACACUGGGCAUGAUACAAGCAGUAAUGCAUUAAGCACUCAGACCACAAACAACAAUGACCAUCAGAAUUCACAACUACAAGAAGGUAAUUUAUCUAGAACUGAGAUGGACACCUCAGAUGAUCAUGGCCACCCGUUCCCUGUCAUAUCUCUUGAUAUCUCAACCAUUGCCAAUGCAAACUUUGUAGUCGCUUGUACCAAUGAACCACGACUGAUUUUGUGGAGAGAAGCGUUGGUUCCAGGAAAAACAUUCUAA